AUGGUUCUCCGUGCAACUGUAAAUUGUGAUAUGGGUGAGGGCUAUUCGCUAUAUUCUAUGGGUGACGAUGAGUCGCUCAUGAAGACCAUUCAUCUAGCCAACAUAGCCUGUGGCUUUCACGCGGGUGAUUUCAUGGUUAUGGAUAAGACUGUUUCACUUGCGAAGGCAAACAACGUGAAGGUCGGUGCGCACCCAAGCUUGCCAGACCAUCAAGGCUUUGGUAGAAGAGAGAUGGCUAUUGAACCCGACGAGCUCGCAUCGUGCUUGGUUUAUCAAGUGGGAGCUCUCUCAGGCUUCCUGCAUAAGAAUGGCCUCGUGAUGAACCACAUAAAACCACACGGUGCCGUCUACGGUCAAACUGCUCGCUCGCCCGAGUUAGCGCGAGCGGCCGUUGGCGUCGCGAAGAUGUUCAACGUCGCGUAUAUGGGUCUCGCUGGGACUUGCCACCAGACUGCAGCAGAAGAACAAGGUGUUAAAUUCAUUGCUGAAUGGUUUGCGGACCUGGAAUAUUCUCCUGAAGGAAAACUUCUCAUAACAAAGAAACAUGAUCCCGUCAGUCUGAAUGAAGUCGAGACACGGGUCAGGAGAAUGCUCUCAGAGGAACUCGUGACUACGAAGAGCGGUACCCUGCCAAUCGGGACAGGCGUUCAAGACAUAAGCAUAUGCGUCCAUUCUGAUUCACCGGGUGCAAUUGAGAUCGCCCAGACGGUUAAGCGCCUUGUAGACGAGAGUAACAAGAAUGCUGGUUAUCAGUGA